AUGAUUUUGAUGCUGCUGUUCCUCUUCAUGGCCAUAGGAGUGUUUCAAAGGAUUGACAUUUUAAGCAAAGACUUUGACAACAUUGUGGAGCUUGAAUUAGGCACCCCGUGGCCCUUUCCACCUAUUCAAUUGACGGCCACAUUAGCCCACAAAUUUGAAAUCCUAGGAUCUUCGAAGAUCAAAAUUAACUUUGAGAAGACAACAGUAAAGACAAUGGGCAAUUUGUCACAACUACCUCCAUUGGAGAUCCCUCGGAUUCCAGAUUCUUUAAGGCCACCUUCAAAUACAGGAAGCGGGGAAUUUGAUGUUACCUAUCUCGACUCUGAUACCCGCAUCACCAGGGGCGAUAGGGACGAGCUUAGAGUUUUUGUCCUCUCAUAA